AUGUCUGAUUCAGUUAAUUCUACUCUUGUUAUUCAACUUAAUCUCUUUACAUUUCAAAUGAAUCGAUACAUGUCAAUAUUUAUUAUGUUAUUUGGUUCAGUUGGUAAUAUUAUAAAUUUAAUUAUAUUUUAUCGUCCUAAACAUCGUACAAAUCCGUGUGCUGUAUAUUUUUUUUAUGCAUCAAUUGCUGGUCUUAUUGCUUUAUAUUCUGGUUUAUUGAGUCGAAUAUUUGCUGGUUUUCAACUAGAUUUAUCAGGAACGACUGAAGGUUUAUGUCAAUUUCGAGCAUUUAUUAUCUGGGUUUCAACUACUGCUGCAUCUUGGUUUUUAACUUAUGCAACUGUUGAUCGAUAUUGUAUUAGUUGUCGAAAUGUAAAUCGUCGAAAUUUAAGUAAUCUUCGUUAUACACAACGUUUAAUGAUAAUUACGUUUAUAGGUGCAUCAAUCGUAUUUGCUGAAACUUUUUAUUGUUAUGUACCAAAUCUUAAAAAUUCUCCAUUAACAUGUUAUGGUCGAAGUAUAGCAUGUCGUCUUUACAAUGAAAUAUCAUCAGCAUUAUUAUUUGUUUUUAUUCCAUCAAUAAUUAUGUUAAUAUUUGGAUUUGCAACAGUACAAAAUGUAAGAAAACUACUUACUUCUAUAGCACCAUCAGCUAGUACAGAAACAACAGCAAAAACAAUAAAAAAAACUGAUCGACAAUUAAUUCAAAUGUUAAUUAUUCAAGUAGUUCUAUCGACAAUAUUUAAUAUUCCACUAGCAGUUUAUCGACUUUAUUUAACAUCAACAUUAUAUAUAUUAAAAACUCCAUUAAGAUCUACGAUUGAAAAUCUUUUUUUUCAAGCAUUUUAUCUUCUUAGUUUUAUGACUUUUGGAAUGCCAUUUUAUAUCUAUACAUUAACAGGAACUGUGUUUAAGAAUGAAUGUACAACUUUAUUUCAAGUUAUUUCUCGAAAAAUGAAAGCGUUUACUCCAUGA